AACUAAAACUAGAUUCAUUUCAUGCACUGAAAAAGACGGGUUUGACGCCUAAAACAAAUAUCGGAAGUGAAGGAAGAAUUUAGUGAGUUCAUUGGAUAAAAGUAUGAAGUUUGUACAGAGAGUAUCUAUGUUAGUUUUGUGGUUAUUUACCUUAGUGUUUUAUAAUAAGACAGUGAUAGUUUCCUUUUCGACUUACCAUCAAACAAUGUAUAACAGCUUUGAUAAAACGUUAGCGUACGCUACGCAGAAAUUACAAUACGUAACGGAGAAAGUAACAUAUGUUACGGAGACAAUGGUAUACGCUAUGAAGAAAACACAAACCGAAAAUCCGAAAAUACCAUUAUUUCAUGGAAGAAAUAUAUCGACGGAGUUUGAGAGCUAUUACACCAAUGCUUCUGCUGCUGAACUUAUGGACCCAUUUAUCAAUCAACAUCGCUACGAACUAUUGAUAAAUCAAAAUCUGAAAUGCAAAGGGAAAAAUAUUUUUCUUUUAGUUUUUAUACAUGUGGCGCCGGGAAAUUUUGCUGAACGAAUCUUGAUAAGAUCUACGAUUGGAACCGUUUUAAGUUUUCAGAAUAGACGCAUUGAACAUGUAUUUGUGCUUGGCAAAACUGAAAACAUAACACUUCAAAAAGAAAUCCAACAUGAAAGUAGAAAAUACAUGGACAUAAUUCAAGGUAAUUUCAUAGAUUCAUACAGGAAUUUAACAUAUAAACUUGUCUUUAGUUUAUUUUGGGUGAAUAAUUUCUGCAAUAAUGCGAAAUUCGUCAUCAAGAUGGACGAUGAUAUUACAAUCAAUAUCCCACUCCUAGUACCAUACUUGACAGAGAAGCUAAAUGCUGGACAAGCAUCAAAUGUUCUGGAAUGUAAAACAAUAACUGAAAAUGUUCCGGUUCGUGACAUGAACAAUAAAUGGUUUAUAACACUGGAGGAAUAUCCGUUCACAAAGUUUCUCCCAUAUUGUGCAGGACACAGUUCUUUGAUGUCAAUUGACGUUGUAAGAAAAAUGUACAGAGCAUCAAAGAAUGUACCUUAUUUAUGGCUAGAGGAUGUUUAUGGAAGUGGAUUUUUAUCUUUGCUCUUAAAGAUAAAUAUGUUUAUGCCGACAUUUUAUGUUGAACCUGUGAUAAGUAGUUUACAUAGUCAGCCAUGCAGUUUAUUUUAUUUGAAUAUUUUAAAAAAUGAUACGAAUUCAUUAGAAAUGUGGAAUACUAUAACAACAUUUGAAAACAGACUAAACUGUUCAAUUUCAUUUUAAAUAUGAAUGAGUUUUACUGUAAGUUGUGUUUUGUGUUUGUUUUGUUUUUUUACAUUGGCUAGGGGUAUAGGGGGAGGGUCGAGAUCUCAAAAAAGCAUGUUGAACCACGCAACAUUUUUGCGCCUGUCCCAAGUCAGGAACCUCAGGUUUUUUUAGUCUUGUAUGAUUUUCAAUUUUUAAUUUACUUGUGUGUAAUUCGGAGUUAAGUAUGAACCAGUAUACAUAUUUGUUUAGGGGCCAGUUGAAGGACUCCUCCGCUUGCGGGAGUUUCUCGAUGCAUUAAAAACCCAUUGGCGUAACUAGGUUAUUGUCUACUCUAUGGUCGGGUUGUUGUCUCUGUGGUGCAUUCCCCAUUUCCAUGCUUAAUUUUAUGAGUAUUCAUGGCAUAUUCCCCACUGGCCGUAAUCCAGGCAACAUGAAAAUAUCUCCUUGUUCAGUUAACCAGGUAACCCGGAUUCAAUGCUUAUUUAGCAUAUAAUUUAAAUAAUGUAUAUCAAAAGCAAUUCAGGUUAUAGGUAUCAAGUAUUAUAAUUAAUAUUACAUUAAGUAUAGUAAGCAACAAAUAAUACUAUAAGGUAAUUCAUUAAUACAUACAAUUCAUAUACUAUAUAGUUAUUAAAAACAAAUCUAGGAGUCUUAUAAUGAUAUUAAUUAACAUAUUAAUUUAACCAUCUUAAUUAAAGUAUGUACACAUUCAACGAUUACGAUUUUUUUCGGCAACACAUACCCCAAAAGAAAAUUAUCAAAAAAAUCCGUCAUUAUGGACAAUUCAAAUUAAUGUAAUUGCAAGCGUGUACAAACACAAAUUCAUGAUAGGCUGCCGCUAACUCGUAGAUUUUAACAUGAUAUAUGGAACAUACUAGUCCUGAAACAUAUGGCCUUAAAUUUUGUUUUAAUUUCAAAAUUUCAUACUGCUAUGUAUCCAUCAUAACUAAAUAAACGAGGCCGUUUCAAAAUAGGCCACAAACGAGCAAAAUAUCAGUAGAUUCAGUACUUACAAAAGCAAUGUACCUAUUAUAAAGAAAGAAUUAAAAUGGGUUGUGUUGUUCGUUGUACAAAAGAAGUCAACGGUUAAUAAUCAGAUCGAAAAUUCAUAAUUUGGCUACUAUAGGAAUUUAUAUUCAAAAUAAGAUUAACAUAUAUGUUUGACAGUUUGAGUGGCCGUUUUAGUCUUUGUUUUCUUCCUUAUUCAAUUUUUUGUACUUUCUUCAUUUAUUGUUCGUCUAAUAUUUGGGGAAAAGUGGGAGGGGGGAGGGAGGAUGUAAAAUAGGCUCCCUUAAUUGCUAUAUUGUCCUUUGUUCACCUUUAUUAUUGUAAGGCAUUGUUUAUUUUUUUGUUUUUAAUUUAUUAUUAUUGAUUGAUCUGCUUGUAUUCAUGAUCGUCUUAUAUUCGUUAUUAUUUUGUAUGAUUGAGUUCAACAUGUGUGUGGAAAACGAGUGCGUCCGAGUUCGACAUGUGUGCUUUUGAGUGUAACAUGCGUGUUCAGUCUUAAGUUUAUGCGGCUAUAGUUUCAAAGUAUCUAUCAAUUCUGAGAGACCGAGUCCAACAUGUUUGUAAGUCCUGUACGUCUGAGAAAGAAUGAGUGAGUUUGAUGAGAGGCAUGUGUGAG